ACAAAAUCUUGUCAGCUGUUCGGCAACCUUUGAAACGCCGUGUUCCCUGUCGUUCCAGGUCAAUUUGUCCCGCAGUUGUUGGGUCAAUAAACCCCCCGAAAUUCCCCCCGCCCCCGAUUCCACGUCAUGAACCAUGGAUUGUGGUUGGCUGCUAAUCAGUUUGCUGAUAGGGUGGGUGGGCGUAUCCUUCAUCGCUAGCCAUGAGACUGUCGACGAGAACGGCUAUAUUGUCUUUUGUCCUUGUAUGGGUCGAUUUGGGAAUCAAGUGGACCAUUAUCUGGGAGCUCUAGCCUUCGCUCACGGGCUGAAUCGAACUUUGGUGUUACCCCCGUGGGUCGAAUAUCGGCCUGGCGAAGCCAAAUCCGUCCAGAUCCCGUUUGAUACGUACUUCAAAGAGGCGGAGGUGGCGCGUUAUCAUCGCGUGAUUCUCAUGGCGGAUUUUAUGGAGCAAAUAGCUCCCCAGAUUUGGCCCGAACAUUUGCGAACAUCACUGUGCUACUCUCAUCGACCCGGUUCGGCGCCGAAUUCUUGCAAUGCCAAGGAUGGCAAUCCCUUCGGACCCUUUUGGGACACGUUCCAAAUUGAGUUUGCUUCAUCCGCCACCUAUGGACCGCUUCAUUAUGACGUCCAUCACACUGACAUUGCUCAAGAGUGGCAUCAGCGAUUUUCGGCCACGGAAUGGCCGGUAAUAGCCUUCACCGGAGCGCCGGCCGCUUUUCCCGUCCAAAAAGAGAAUGUGCCGUUGCAGAAAUAUCUGGUUUGGUCUGAUCAGAUCCAGGCACGGGCUCGAGCAUUUAUUAAUGAGCAUUUGAGUGGCGGACCUUUUAUCGGGAUCCAUCUUCGGAAUGGCGUUGAUUGGGCACGAGCGUGUGAAUUUGUCAAGAGCGCUCCCAAUCUAUUUGCCUCAGCUCAAUGCUUGGGCUAUCGCAACGAGCGAGGAUCGUUGACCGAGGAAAUGUGCCAACCCUCGGAGGAGAUCAUCGUGAAACAUUUGCGACGCCUUCUCAAACGCAUGAAGGAUGUCAAGAAAGUGUUUGUGGCCUCAGAUCAUGAUCAUAUGACCCGAACAUUAGGCAAGUACUUCCAAAAGACCGACUUGAUUUUCAUCAAACCGAAUGAGGAUCAACCGCACGUGGAUUUAGCCAUCCUAGGCCGGGCGAAUCAUUUUGUGGGCAAUUGUGUGAGUUCAUUCUCGGGCUUUGUCAAACGCGAGCGCGAUACCCACGGAUUUCCUUCAACUUUUUGGGGAUACCCGAGUGAAUCCAAGCGAGAAAGUCGACGCUCUCACGAUCCCAGCGAGCUCUGAAUCUCAAACUCAAUCAUUCCAUCCCAAAGGCGCAUGUAUUGGGAAAAAACUUGCUUCAAUUGAGCAAUAUCCAAGAACGAAUUCUUCCCUUGACGGAGACGGUUGUGGUGAAAAUAGGUCAUUGCCAUCUCAAUCUACCUUUCAAUUUCCUUUCCUUGAGUCUGACUCGAUCUGGCAUGGAAAUGUGCAAAAAUAGGAAUGCAGGAGUCCACGCAGGCUCAUCGGAAGAAAAACGCAAUCGGAGGGUUUCAGUUUGAUAAUUGUGCCAUUUUACCCCAACGUCUUGGUCCAGGGCUGAAGUCGUCCCGGCCAUAUCCAAAGAAUCUCGAAUAAAAACCCAAAACAUCAACGCAA